AUGGUACCUGUCCGGACACGCACAGCAGACACCAUAAAGCCAGCAGCUGUUCGCGACUACACCCAAAACAUGGGAGGAGUAGAUCACAGCGUUCAGAUGAUCUCGUACCAUCCUCUUCACAGGAAGACUGUAAAGUAUUGGGAGAAACUAGCAUUUCACCUAAUGACACUCGUAAUGGUGCAAUCGCACAUUUUGUACAACGAGCAUCGACGAUCACACAGGAAGAAGACCAUGCAGCUGCAGAAAUUUGUCAUGUCUGUUUGCCGAUCUCUGGCGUCCAUUCCUGAGGACCAGCAAGCUCCACCACAGCCACACGAUCUCAAUCGAUUGGUGGAGCGCCAUUUUCCUUCACCAAUCGUAGUCGAUGACAAGAAAAUGCAGCGGGCAUGUGUGGUCUGCUACGCUCGGGCCAUCUCUGGAGGUGACAACCACAAAACCCAGAAAAGCAAGAGGAAAGUGACACAAUUUGAAUGCAGCAAGUGCAACAAGGCACUCUGUGUCCAUCCGUGUUUUGAAAUCUUUCAUACCAAAGAACACUAUGCCUGA